AUGAGGCCAACUGAUCAUUUCAUUUUCCCACGGCAUGCACGGAGCUCGUGUUAAAGUUGUAUAAAUGUCCGUUUAUUUCCACUAUAACAUGGAAGACAUGAAUCGAAGGUUUUUUUUUUCCGCAAGCCGCGCUGCGGGCCUAUGUGCUUUUUUUUCCGCCACCCUUUCGCAAUACUGCAAUUCCCAGGAAGCCCAGGACUGCCGGUUCGCUCCCAUUUCCGGUGACGUCAGGCUGGCUAUAACUACCCCGCUCCGAGCAUUCCAAGCCCUAUUGUUACAUUGUAACAAAUCGGGGCAGCUGGAGGGAGUCGGGCUUCGACCCGCUUUGCCUUUUCAGGUCGGGAGGGGAAUUUUUUGUGCUACAGAAGCUGACUUGCACCGGGGAAGCAUUGAAACGUCCAUACAAAGAAAAGGGAAAAAAAAGGAAACCAAAUCCAACACCCCGGCAACAGUCAGCAACGAAGCGGAUCGCCCAUUUUUUUAACUGAAACAUCAAAGACUUCGGGGAGAAAGAAAAAUCUACAAAAUAUAAAAAUUAUAAAAAAUAAGCUUAUACAUAAUGCAUUGCGGAGCCGCCCCACUUUUAUAAAUAAUCAAGUAAGGAAUUCCACUAAAAAAUUCCCCCAGCGGCUCUCUCCUGUCUGCCCCCGGUUAAUCGGCGCAUUAGCAUUACUUGUCCUAAUAAACAAGCAUACAACAACGGCUCCGUUUCUUAGAGAAAUGUAAUCUGUUUUUGUCUCACGUUGAAACAUUUACAUAAUUAUAUAUCUAUAAAUAAAUAUAUUUAUUUUAUUGGGCGAUCGGUCGAAUAUUUGCUGUGAUUUUUCCCCUUUUUGUUGAAAGUCAAGCCUUUCGCAGCUAGCGACACGACUUCAACGCAUAUUUAUUUUUUGUCCUAUUUUUUCUUUUCUUUUUUCUUUUUUUUUUUUCUCUUGGGGAAAUACUUCGUUCUCCAAUCGGGAACACAAAUCACCAAAACGAACCGGGAGAGAAGACUUCCAGGGACAUCCACUCUACAGACAACCGAAACCAGGACCAAUGGAUGCAGUGUCAGUUGGUAGCCUAAAGAGGAAGUUUGAGGACGUGGAUGUCGAGUCUCCGUACUCUACCCCUAAGGACUCCGAUGACGAUAUCUCCAGCAGUGACAGCGCCGAGAGCUGCGAUAGCCUCAAUCCACCCUCCAGCACACCGUUUAUACCUGCAUCCAUCCUGAGGCGGCAGAAGUCGUUGGGCCGGAAGAGUGUCCGUUUUGAUGCUGUGACGGUGUACUACUUCUCUCGCCGGCAAGGAUUCACCAGUGUGCCCAGCCAAGGGGGAAGCUCUCUUGGCAUGGCUCGUCACCAUAGUGCUAUUCGCCGAUACACCCUGGGAGAAUUUGCACGAGAACAAGAGAGCAGCCACAGGCAGGUUCUGCGAGAGCAUCUACGAGAGGAGAAACUCAAUGCCCGGAAGAUGAAGUUAACCAAGAAUGGCACCGUGGAGUCUGCCGAGGCAGAAGGCCUUACUGUGGAGGAUGUGUCUGAUGAGGACAUUGACGUGGACAGUGUGGACGUGGACGACUACUUUUUCCUGCAGCCCCUGCCCACCAAACGGCGACGUGCUUUACUGCGAGCCUCUGGCAUUUCCCGGAUCGAUGGCGAAGAAAAGACCGAGCUGCGAGCUAUCCGCCUCUCGCGUGAGGAGUGUGGUUGCGAUUGCCGCUUUUACUGCGAUCCACAAAGCUGCGGUUGCAGUCAGGCUGGCAUCAAGUGCCAGGUGGACCGAAUGUCAUUCCCCUGUGGCUGUUCCCGGGAUGGCUGCCGGAAUGCCGCUGGUCGUAUCGAGUUCAACCCUGUUCGCGUGAGGACGCACUACCUACAUACUAUUAUGAAGCUGGAACUGGAGAAGAAUAGGCAACUGGCAACCUCUGCGGCAGAAGUGACCAUUGCUGCUACCGCUGCUUCUUCAUCUCACGCUUCACCACAGACUGAUGUUGCUGAAAUGGUGACCUCAGGGGUUGAUGCUGAUGAACUUCCAUCAAGUCCACAGUCGGAGCUGCCUCAGGACUUGGGCAAGGAGUACUCUUUACAACGGGAUGGCUAUGGGACUGACAGCUUUGACAUGGAGAACGAAACUGCGGUGCUCCAUCUUCAAAGUGCGGAGGAGUUUGACCGCCGAAGGGUUGAGGAAGAAGGCCAGGCAGGAGACAUGUCAGCGUCCAAUGGCUUAGGCGUAUGCCUUCUUGAAGGACCCGGGUCGCCUGAUGGCACGCAGGAAGUCAUCAGUGAGGCUGAUACCACAGAGACUGAAUUAGGAGCUCCAGUUAUCAUCCAAGGAGAGCUGCCCCCUGGGGCGUCAGUGCUGUGUUUUACGGAAAACUUGAAUGGGUCCACCCAGGUGCUGGGAGAGCAUCCCCAAGAUUACUUGAAAGAUACCUCGGUUCUCUUUUAUCAGAUCGACCAAGGCACAGUUCUUGGCUUUGAAGGCGGACCACUAGACGCAGGCUUGCCUGCUGGAUACACCAAGGCUGAGGGUGCAGAAGGUGAGACAGCGGUGGUGGUCCACUGUGGGUCACCCACAGUGGAGCUGGAAGGGAACUCCUCACUAGAAAUGUAUGCUCCUUUGGACAGCUGCUUAAGCGUCGACAUGGGCGCCUUACCCAAUGGGAGUAUUGCAUCUGAUGAAGACCACUCAGAGCUGCUAAGUAACACGCUGGAGUCUUCGUCAUGCUGCCAAGACCUGCCUUCAAAGAGCACUCACAUUCUGGUCGGCUCAGAAGAGGACAGAGCCCCGUCCCCCACUGACAUUUAAAGUUCAUAUUUUGCAGAAAAUUUGCACAGUAGCCUAAAAAAAGCUUGUUGCCUAAUAAUAAUAAUAAUAAUGAUAAGAUGAAGAAUGGUAAUAAUAAUAAUAAUAAUAUUUAUUAUAGAUGGGUUUUUAUCUUAAAGAGAAAAAUUCAGACUAGUAAUAUUUCAAACGAAGAAAUCCUCCGUGCCAGUUCAGUGGCUUGUUGUUUCAGUCAAAGCUUCGGACAUUUUACAUUUCCAGUGAGAAAGUGAGACAAACUCGCUUUAUUUUAGCGCUCUGUGAUUGGAGCCAUUUGUGAGUGUGCGUGUGUGUGCGUGCGUGUGUGUAAACGUGAGGCAGCAUGUUGGGAGCAAUCCAAAGAUGUGCUAAAUUUUAAACUUUGGCUCAUAUCCAUCAUGGAGUAUUUCGACAUUGGCAGACAUCAAUGGUCUGGGUCGGAGUUUGUUUCAGUUACGUCAAAUUAAAUUCAGUUUAUUUCAAGUCAGUUCAAUUUAGUUUAUUUCAGUUGACUUCUGCUUAACUCAAGUGCGAUUCAGUUUAGUCUAAAGCAGUUUUAUUCAGUUUAACUCGGUGUAAUCUGCUGCCAUCCAAGUCACUUCUGUUUUUCACUCAGCUGUCCAUUCAUUACUGAACAGCUCUGUUCAGGUAAUUCAUUUUCAUUUUUCUUCCCUUCAGUUACAUUCAUUUAAUUUCAAUUUACCUCAAUUCCAUUCUGUUUAAAUCAAUUCUGUUUAAGUUCAUGGAGGAAUGUCUCAGACACAAUCAAUAAAUAAAUAAAUAAAUACACAAAUUAAUAAGUUUAUUGUGAAAUGAGGCAAUAAUAUAUGUGAGCAUAAAUUAUGAAAUGUGUCAUAAAUUGUUUUUUUUUGCUUAUUUCCUUAUGUACCAGCUGUGCUCCAUGUCUUAAGGGAGUUGAAAUCGAAGUAAUCAACAUAGACCUCAGCGUUAACGCUUGAAGUGAACCAGCUAUUGAAAUGUAUUUUAUAAUGCAUGUAGUAACAAAAUGCAUUGCAUUUGUCAUUCGAACAGAUGGCACCUCAUAACAUUUGUAGGAAUAAAAUGCAUUGUAUUUGUUUUUCUAACAGAUGGUGCAUCACAAACAUCUCUAGUAAUCAAAUCCAUUGCAUUUGUCAUUCUAACAGAUACACAUCACAAUCAUUUGUAGGAGUAAAAUGCAUUGCUUUUGUCAUUCCAACAGAUGGUGCCUCACAGGCAUCUGUAGUAAUAAAAUGCAUUGCAUUUGUCAUUUCAACAGAUGGCACCUUAUAACAUUUGUAGGAAUAAAAUGCAUUGUAUUUGUUUUUCUAACAGAUGGUGCAUCACAAACAUCUCUAGUAAUCAAAUCCAUUGCAUUUGUCAUUCUAACAGAUACACAUCACAAUCAUUUGUAGCAGUAAAAUGCAUUGCUUUUGUCAUUCCAACAGAUGGUGCCUCACAGGCAUCUGUAGUAAUAAAAUGCAUUGCAUUUGUCCUUCUGACAGAUGGCACAUCACAAACAUCUAUCGUAAUCAAAUGCAGUGUGUUUUUCUUUACUUUUUAAAAUUUUCUUUAUUUUAUUUAAGAAAAAUAACCACUCAUACAGUCAAGUCAAACUUAUACAACAAAUGACUUCAUAUUCAAACUAGAAAAACAAGAAGAAAAGAAAAAAAAAAUCAAAAAGUUAAAAAAAAAAAAGCAGGAACAAAAAGAGACAAAGCAUUUGUCUUUCUAACAUGAUGCAUCACAAAUAUUUGUAGUAAUAAAAUGAACUGCAUUUUUCAUUUCAACAGAUGGCACAUCACAGACAUUUGUAGUAAUAAAAUGCAUUAUUUGUCUUUCUAACAGAUGGUGCAUCACAAAUAUUACUACAGUACAGACACAUAGCAACAAAUUCACAAACUUUUGUCCUUUUAUUAAGGUUGAUGUAUUUAUUAUUUCUUUAUUUAUUUUGUUUCAGUGACAACACAUAAAUUAACAAUGUAUAUCUCGUCAAAAAUUUAAUCAAUACAUGCAAUGUGCUUCAAAGCGGAAACUGUCCUUUACACUGGUCAAAGGUAAGAGGGCGGGCUCUAGCGAGUACUGCAUUUUAAUUGGUGAAUCAUCUGUAGGUUCACAUAAAUCAUUGGCCAUCCAUCAAGUGCUACAUUGAUAGGCAGACACCACAUGUCAGAUUCAGACUCUGGAGUGAAUUUGGGGGCUUCUUGAAUUAAAGUAGCUGCUUUGCGCAGUAAUUCUGGCCAACAUUUUCUUGCACUUGCGUCUUCAUGGCUUUGAGCAUGCACUGUGCUGGCCUUGCGAAUCCUGUGGCUUAUAGUUGUGUGGGAGUGUCGACUCUACCGACAAUUCACCAAUCAAAAUACAAUAUUUGCUAGAGCCCACCCUGUCAUCUUGGACAGAUGAAAAUGGCAGGCAUAGUGGCUAAGGCUUUAUACUUCAAACCCUGAAGUUGUGGGUUCAGAUCCUGCUGCUGACCCUGUGUGACCACAAGCAAGUCACUUCAUCUGUCUGUGCUCCAAUUAGAACAAAACAAAAGAAAUGUAACUAAUUCUAGUUUCCUUGGCUAAUGGUAUGAACUAAAUAAGUACAUGUGAAUGAAUAUUUUAAGGGUCAUGUCAUGUUAUGUGUGGUGUCAGUGCAAUAAAUAAAUGAAGAAAUAAGUAAAUACAUACAUAAAGAAAUAAGCAACAAAAAGAUUUCAUGACACAUUUAAUUAUGCUGACAUCUCAUUGUGUUUCCAUUUAUUGUCACAUUUCAUGAUAUGAUUAUUUAUUUGCAUAUUUAUUUCAUUUAUUCAGAAAUAUUCCUCCAUAUAGAUUAAUUAAUUUUAAUUUAAUUAAACUCAUAGAUUCAAUAAGAGUACUUUCAGUACAGUUUGAACUGAUUCACUCUUUUUAAAUUGAUUCAGCUAAGUUUAACUAAACCCAAUUGUUUUGUUUUACAUUCUGUUUAAUUCAAGUCACUGCAGUCUAGUUGAUGUUUUACUCACUUUAAAUCUUUUUAUCUUUUCUAUAUUCAGUUCAUUUCAGGUUAACGUCACUCUGUACCAUUUAACUAAAUUCAGUUCAGUUUAGCCUGGUAUUUUACUCGGCUCACCUCAGUUGAACUUGUAUAAAAUCGCUCUCGUGGUUUCAUUUGAUUCUGUUAUUUUCAAAUAAUUUAAUGAAACUUAACUUGUUUGAUUUCCAUUUUAUUAAAGUAGAAUCAGGGUGGCACAGUGAAUAGAACUACUGCCUUAUGGAUCCAGUUGCCUCGCUUUUGGUCCUGUGCCCACUCACCAUCCAUGUGGGCUUUGCAUGUUCUUCCAGGGUCUCUGUAGGCUUUUCCCCACACAACAAGUACAGAAUACAUUAACUAAAUAUGAUGAGCGGGCCCUCCCAUGGACUGGCACCCCCCUUAAAGGGUUGUUUCACAUCUUGUGCUCAGUGCUACUGGGAUAGGCUCUGACCCCCCAGGGACCCUCAUUUGAUCUAUCUUAAGUAAGUACAUGUAUGUAAGAAAAUCUUUCAGUCAAGUCAAUUAAGUUUAAGUUGAUUCAAUUAAGAUCAGCUUCAAGUAACUUUCUUAAAAUCAGUUAAAUCAAUGUAUUGCAAUUUAACUUAAUUCACUUCCUUUAAGUAAAUCAAUUAAGCUAACCUUGAUUAAAUUUACUUAAUUUAAGCCAAGCUCAAUUCCAUGUCCUGAAAAAUGUAUUAUGUUCAUUUUCAGUUGACAGGGAUUCAGAUCUUUGCGACUCAAUUCACUCCAGUUCAGCGUAAUUCAGUUCAGCGUGAGUCUGAAUAACCUCAUUCAGACUCAAUUCAUGCAAUGCAUUUCAAUUUUGUUACAUUCAACAUAAAUUGUUACACAUUUAACUUCAUUAGCGUCAGUCUCAUUCUAUUCAGUUCAGUUUAACUUGGCACUCAAUUCACGCCACUUUAGGUCGAUCAUUUUAGCUUGGUUCACUUCAGAAUGACUUAGUUUAAUUGACUUUAAUUCAACUGACUCCAGCUCAGCUUGAUUCACUUCAGUUUAACUUGCCUGUUUUUAGGUGAUCUUUUUUUUUAGUUCAGUUUCAUUCUGUUUAGUUACUUUGAUUCAGUUAUUUUUGACUAAUUCUGAUUGAUUUAACUUAGUUAACAUCCACCACUUUCUAUUCCCUUGAGGAUGACUUGGUUUAAUUCACUUUAAUUCAGUUUAUUCAGUUCAACUUGAUUCAGGUCAGUUUAACUUGGCUGUUUUCAAGGUUCUCUUGGUUAAAUUCAGUUUCAUUAUUUGGAUUCCGUUAUUUUCGACUAAUUUAACUUAUUUAAGCUUAGUCCUAUUCGAUUCCGAUUGAUUUGACUUGUAUAAUGUGAGUCGCAUUCUAUUUAGUUCAGCUUAACUCUACUCUCUUUAGGUGAUUUGAUUUAAUUCAGUUUCAUUCUUUGAUUCUGCUCUUUUUGACUAUCCGAUUGAUUUAAUUUGGUUACAAUCAGCCACAUUCUAUUCGCUUGAGGAUUACUUGGUUAAAUUGAAUUCACGUCACCUUAGGUCAGUUAUUUUAGCUCAGUUCACUUCAGGUGAUCUUGGUUGAAUUCACUUUAAUUCAGUUUACUCCAGUUAAACUUGAUCCAGUUCAGUUUAACUCUGUUUCCUUCAGGUUUAAUUCAGUUUCGUUCACUUCAGUUAAUUUUAUUCUGUUAUUUUUGACUAACUUGUUUAAAUUUAGUCAUAUUUAAGUUCGAUUGAUGUAACUGGGUUAACGUCAGUCCUGUUUGAUUCAAUUCAGUUUAACUCUGUUCCCUUCAGGUGAUCUUAAUUUAAUU